CGCCGGGUCGGCGUUUUCCGCUUGCUACUUCUCUAAUCCACACGUGGUCCGCUGACUGUGUUCUGGCCAGAAAUUCAUUCCUAUUGGCGUGGACCAGCCAUAUUGAAGGACAGAGUGGCAACGGAGGUCAAGGAUCUUGAGCUGAUGGAUUUUACUGCUGAAAAUGAAGAGACGUCGGGACCAGGUCUGCAGAGUGGAGCUGAAGGGGCGCGGCUAAGUCUCGAGUCAGUUGGAGAGAGAGUCAGGGGCACAGUAGGGACCGAGGAAGCCGGCGGUGGAGAGGCGGGGAAUGGACUGACCGGAAUGGGGAGGACAGGGGAAGGGGGAGAAGGAAAUGGACCAAGGGCAGAGGAGAUGCGAGUGGACCUAGCAGUUGUGAAGCAAGAAGUAAUGGACUGGUCAGAAAUGGAAGAAGGUAUGCGGAAUGACCAGUGGGUAAAGCAGGAGGUGGAGGAUGGGCCUGAGGUGAAAGAGGAAAAACCAGGCACGUUGGAGGUGAAGCAGGAGACGGAUAGUAGUUUGAUGGUAAAAGAAGAGACGGUGGAAGAACCAGAGCUAAAGGAAGAGAAAGUGAAGGUGAAGGAAGAAGUGAUGGACUGGCUAGAAGUGAAGAAAGAGAAGAAAGAUAGCUUGGAGAUUAAAGGGGAGAUGUUUCUUGAUCAGAACGUAAAAAAAGAGGAAAUAAUGGAUGAAGUGUGUGUAAAAGAAGAGAAGUAUUUCCCUAAAGAAGAAGUGAUGGAUGGUACGGAGGUGAAAGAAGAGCCUCAGAUAAAUCCCCCAGUGGGCUCCAAGCGGAAACUGGCCAUGUCAAGAUGUGAAACUUGUGGUACAGAAGAAGCAAAGUACAGAUGUCCACGUUGUAUGCGCUAUUCCUGCAGUUUGCCCUGUGUAAAGAAACACAAAGCAGAACUGACAUGUAAUGGAAUUCGAGAUAAAACUGCAUAUGUUUCAAUGCAACAGUUUACUGAAAUGAAUCUCCUAAGUGAUUAUCGAUUUUUGGAAGAUGUGGCAAGAACAGCAGACCAUAUUUCUAGAGAUGUUUUCUUGAAAAGACCAAUAAGCAAUAAACAUAUGUACUUUAUGAAAAAUCGUGCUCGAAAGCAAGCUAUUAACUUAAAACUUCUACCCAAUGGAUUCACCAAAAGGAAAGAAAAUUCAACAUUUUUUGAUAAGAAAAAUCGACAGUUUUGUUGGCAUGUGAAGCUCCAGUUUCCUCAGAGUCAAGCUGUGUAUGUAGAAAAAAGAGUACCAGAUGAUAGAACUAUUAAUGAAAUCCUAAGAGCUUACAUUGAUCCUGAAAAGUCUGAUCCUGUAAUUCGUCAAAGGUUGAAAGCCUACAUUCACUCUCAGACUGGGGUCCGAAUUUUAAUGAAGGUAGAAAAUAUGCAGCAAAAUUUAGUAAGGCAUAUAAAUAAAAAUUGGGGUUUGUACAAGACUGAGUAGGGUACAGUUCUGUUGUAGCAGAGAAAACAGACAUGAAAGUAAAGGUGACUGGGAUACCUGGCAUGGAUCUGUCUUCUGAGAGAUGGAGGUAAGGCCUGGAGAGGCUUAGGGCACAUUGAGUUUCAAAUAGAAGUGGCAUCAUUUUCUCAAAUGUUAUUUUCAAAAGGAAUGGCCUUUCUAUACUAAUCCCUUAUUACUAGCCUCCCUUCAGAGUAAGAUUAUAUUGCAUUCCAACAAGAAAUAGUAAAUCCUUUCAGAAUACGUAAUCUGUGGAGAAGUAGACCUUAUUUUACUUUAAGAGGUUCCAGGUUAGACUUUGUAGACCAAAAGUUUUACCAUUACAAAUACUAAAUUUAUUAAAUCACUACUUCUCAAACCUAAUACAAAUUAUGAGAUGUUCCAAAAUAACCUUUUUGCUCUUAUCCAAAAACCUACAUCAAAGUAGAUUUUCUGUAAAUUUGAAAUAAUGUUAUAAAUUUGAUGCAGACCUUGGAAAGUUACUAAGUUUCUGUUUUCCCAUCUGAAAGUGGGGAUCAAGACAAAGGUAUUGCACUGUUGUGAAGAUUGCUUUCAGAUAAUGCAUGUCAGCUACUUAGUAUGGUACCAGGCACAUAGCAAAUCACUCUCAGUAAAUAUGUAUUAUUCAUGUAUUACAAGUUGCAACAUUUAGGUCAGCAUCUUGCUGAGUUGACUCAAUGAAUGUAAGAGUUUUUGUUGUUUUAAUCCUAGAAAUUACCUUUCUUAGUAUCAAUAAAAGGAGGAAAUCUAUUUUUUAAAAAAAGUUCUGUGUGGCUGGCAGUUGACUUAUGCAUUACUUUUUGAAAAAUAAUGGCUUCUUUCAGCCAAAUGAUUUCUUAUACUUCUGGGAAGUACUCUAAGUUCAAUAUUAGCUAUGCUCCCAACAGGUCACUCACCACUAACCACAAGGGGGCAGAUACCCAAUCAUGUUAGUUUACAUUUCUUUUGACAUAAAUUAGUAUUGGAAGAAUAUGAAGCUUCAGGGGCUACUUUAUUUAAGAUGUCAUCAACUGUUUUCUCUGUACAAAUGACUCCCAAAUCUAGAGAUAUUUUCAACCUUUCUCCCAGACUUCAAAUCUUAGUUUGCAUGUAUCUUCACUACACAUCUCAUUAAAUCUUAAACUCAACAUAUUUAGAUCUCAUCACACCACAUCCAUUUGUUCCUAGUGUGUGUUUCUGUGUGUGUUGUUUUAAAUGAGGAUUAAAUGGACUGCUGAUGUUCCUGACAUCUUGUAAACAGUCAAUAAAUAUUGACAGUCAUUCCUUGUUAUUGUCACUGUCAUUUUUCUUGUAAGCAAGGCAUAUGACCUUAGAGCCAUCUUUCACUUCUCCCUCACCACCCUGCCUUACGUGGUCAGCCUCCAUAUGAGCCUUCUGUAUGUUCUCUCCAUUCUUUUGAGGAGAUUAUUGUUUAUCAGUGUCUACAGUGGCGCCUACCCCUUCCCCCCAACUGGAUGUAAUCCUUAUCCUUUGAGCCUCAAAAACUUCUCAUAGGUUCCUGCAAUCCCGUCUUAUAUUUUAUCCCAAUAAAACAUCC